AGUAACCGUGGUGGUAAACGGGCAGAAACGAUUUCCGGAGGAGUUCAAAUUUGGCGUAGGAACAUCUGCUUAUCAAAUUGAGGGAGCAUGGAAUGAAGACGGCAAGGGUGAGUCCAUCUGGGACUACCUGACUCAUAACCACCCGGAGAAGAUCGCUGAUCGUACGAAUGGAGACAUCGCUUGUGAUAGUUACCGGAAUUACAAACGUGACGUGCAAAUGCUUAAGGAACUUGGAGUCAACAUGUAUCGAUUUUCGAUUGCUUGGAGUCGGAUCAUGCCAACGGGAAUCAGCAAUCACAUCAACCAAGCCGGAAUUGACUACUACAAUAACUUGAUCGACGAGUUGAUCAAAAAUGGUAUCGAACCGAUGGUCACCCUGUACCAUUGGGAUCUUCCGCAACGGCUGCAGGAAAUCGGAGGCUGGACCAAUAGAGAUAUUGUAGAUCACUUCAGGGAAUACGCCCGGGUUGCUUUCGAGAAAUUCGGAGAUCGUGUCAAAUGGUGGACCACGUUCAAUGAACCGUUGCAAACGUGUUUGUAUUCAUACGAACACGAUUCGAUGGCUCCGGGGUACAAUUUCCCUGGAAUUCCAUGCUAUCUGUGCACUCACAAUCUCUUGCUGUCACAUGCGGAAGCUGUUGAGCUUUAUAAGACUCAGUUCAAGCCAACCCAAAAUGGAAUCAUCGGAAUUACGGUGGAUUCCUCAUGGGCUGAACCGAGAAGUGAUUCAGCUGAUGACCGUGAAGCUUCAGAAUGGUCGAUGCAGUUCCAUAUCGGAUGGUAUAUGCACCCAAUCUUCGGCAAGACGGGAAAUUACCCACAGGUGAUGAUCGAUCGUAUUGCAGCCCUGAGUCUACAGCAAGGAUUUAACAGGUCACGUCUGCCCGAAUUCACCGCUCAGGAGAUCGCUAAACUCAAGGGUUCGUCGGACUUCUUCGGAAUUAACACCUACACGACCUCGCUCGUGUACAAAAAUGAUGCAAUCAAUUCAGUCAACUACAGAGUACCAUCGUUUGAUCACGACCGAAACACGGUUGGCUAUCAGGAUCCCAGCUGGCCAUCAACUGGAUCGGGAUGGUUGAAAGUCUAUCCAAAAGGAAUGUACCACUUGCUGACCUGGAUUCGGAACGAAUACGACAAUCCUCCCGUUUACGUCACGGAGAAUGGAGUCAGCGACCGCGGUGGUACCAAGGAUGUAGCACGUGUCAAUUACUACAAUCAGUAUUUGAGUGCUGUGUUGGACGCUAUGGCCGAAGGCAGCGAUGUUAAGGGAUACGUUGCCUGGAGUUUGAUGGACAACUUUGAGUGGCGGGCGGGAUUGACGGAACGCUUCGGAAUGUACUACGUUGAUUAUAGCGAUCCGGGCAGGAAGCGGAUUGCAAAGACGUCGGCGAAGGUGUUUGCUAAUAUUAUCCAGAAAAGGGUUAUCGACUUGGAGUAUUUGCCAGAGCCGGAGGUAUUCAUUCCGGAUAAUAAUUCUGCUAUCACUGGUCAUAUUUCACGUUGCCUGUUAGCUUUGGCAUUCGGUGGAUAUUUGUUUGUCAUGUGGAUUUUUUAAAGAAUAAAGC